AUGCCUUCAAAUACUGAUCAUGAUAUUAUUUUCGAGUUUGGAGGCCCAGUCGGAGUGACAUUCAUGAUGGGUGGGUUCCCGCUGCUCAUGUAUUAUUUCUGGAUCUGUAUCGAGUAUUACAACGGUGUCUUGGUUGCUCCUGCCAAUUGGGAUGAUUUGCAACCCUUUCUAUUCAGAAUGAUUGAACAUGUGGCAAUGGGUGCUGCUCCUUCUUGGUGGGCAUUUACUGUGUAUGGCAUGUUAGUGGCUUUUCAAGCUGUUCUGGCUGUCACCAUGCCCGGUCCAGUUGUCAAGGGUCUACCCAUACCUUCUCUAGGUAACCGUCAGCUCGAAUAUCUGUGUAACGGUUUAUCCUCAUUUUACGUGACUAUAGCAACAAGCGUCAUUUUACACACUACGGGUAUUUUUCCACUCGAAUCCAUCAUUGAUCGUAUCGGUGAACUCAUGACUAUCUCCAUCAUAUUUGGUUUUGCCAUCACCCUCAUCACUUACACAGUUACAAUCAUGAAAAAAAAGCAGUUUCGCAUGUCGGGUUAUUUCAUGUACGAUCUGUUUAUGGGUGCUGUGCUUAAUCCACGUUUAGGACCGUUGGAUCUAAAAAUGUUUUCCGAAAUUCGCAUCCCUUGGGUCGUGUUGUUUUAUAUCUCUGUAUCCGCUUUGAUGAAGGAGUACCAGAUGAAAGGUUAUGCAUCACCUAGUGUUUGGUUUAUGGUUAUUGCACACUUUUUGUAUGUCAAUGCAUGCAUGAAGGGUGAGGAGUGCAUUCCAACAACAUGGGAUAUAUUCUAUGAAAAAUGGGGAUUCAUGCUGAUUUUUUGGAAUAUGUCUGGAGUACCAUUCACAUAUUGCUAUGCAGCACUGUAUCUGGUAAAAACCGAGGCAGGGCGUAAUCUACAUAUUCCAAUCACUCUUAUCAUCAUUCUUUUCGCUGUGCUCUUUGUUGCUUACUAUAUAUGGGAUACCGCGAAUUCCCAAAAGAAUCGAUUCCGUAUGAGUAUCGCAGGCACAUACAUUCCUCGUGCUACAUUUCCCCAGCUUCCCUGGAGCACUCUGGAAAAUCCAAAAUACAUUACAACCGAACGAGGAUCACCUCUUCUCACUUCUGGAUGGUGGGGCAUGGCAAGAAAGAUCCAUUACACGGCAGAUCUGGCCAUGGCACUCACAUGGGGUCUUGCUACAGGAUUCAGCAGUGUGAUUCCAUAUUUUUAUUUCUUCUUCUUUUUAAUCGUCAUGAUUCAUCGUACUAUUCGAGACAUGGAACGAUGCAGCAAAAAGUACGGUGCCGACUGGGAUGAGUAUUGUCGUAUCGUGCCGUAUAUAUUCAUUCCAUUUGUGUUUUAA